AUGCAGUUCCUUGGUCUGAGGCAGAAAUACCGUGCAUUAUGUAUGGGGGUCAUUGAACGUUGGGAUGUGUUCAAGCAAGCAUUUCAUCAGGUCUUUACCCGUGAACUUGUGAACCCUACUAUUUCGGUGGUUGGCAUUGGGACUUACUACGGGGCCACUAUUCUUCAACAUGACUUCCUUGAAGAUCUCCUAGCUCGCCAUUGUCAUCAUUCUCCUGUGGUUAUGAAGACAUGGAGUCUUAUCGAAAGGUCUGGUAUUAAACACUUGUGCAGUGUUCUUCCCCUAGAUGAUCCAAUCUGGCACCAGCAAGCAUUACCCACAAUCGCCGAUACCGAUGCUCUGUUCAAGAGACACGCACUUCCACUCGUGGCCAGCGCUGCAAGAUAUGCUAUUUCGGAAUGGGGCGGCUCUGUUGAAGCCAUAACCCAUGUUGUAGCGGUGACUUGUACCAAUACGGCCAACCCUGGCUUCGACAUCACCCUAUGUAGUACCCUGGGUCUACCUCCCACAGUCCACCGCACUCUCCUACACGGUCUCGGCUGUGCAGGUGGCAUAGCAGCUCUGCGUACUGCCUAUUAUCUAGUCCUUGGAGCGGCAUUUCAAGGCCAACCGGCUCGCGCUCUGGUCGUUUCAUGCGACCUACCGACUAUCUUUGCUAGAGCAGAGCUGCACCGCAUCAAUUUGGACAAAGAAGUGGGAUUCGGCUUGUCACGCUUCAGUGACGGUGCGUCCGCAAUGAUGGUCACUAACUGGCUAGAUACGAAAGUCGCCGAGAGAGCUGCUAUUUGGGAUUUACUCGGUUUUCGAAGCGUGAUCAUAGACGAGUCUGAGGGAUACAGUGAGCUUAAUAUUGGACCGCAUGGGUACAAACCGACUAUAUCGGCCUUUAUCCCUAAGCUCGUCUCCUCUGAAUUGUUCCCCAACUUCACUGCGCUUGUCAACUCGAUUCCAUGUCUGUGCUCUGAUCCGUACAGCAACUUACCGGACUGUUACAACUGGGCAGUUGAUUUCCCAAGCUGUUCUUCCUUGAGUUUUGCCCAAAGAGCAUUGGACUUGAAGAGGCACAACACGGUCGAUAGCUACACGGUGUACAAGUCUCGGGGAAGUACAAUCUCCUCCACUGUUUUGAACAUACUCGAUCAUAUGAGAAGCCAGAGUUAUGUCAAUGAAGGUGGCUCCCGCAGACGCGGUAAAGUCAUAGCCUUGGCAAUUGGACCGGGAGUCAUCAUGGAAAUGGCGGUGCUUCGGAAGGUAACUCGGGACAACCUGCAUUAUUCGGCGCUUUGGUGUGAGUGA